AUGCAGUUCACUCUCUCCACCGUUGUCCUCGCCUUGGCUGGACUUGCCGCUGCCAUGCCCGCGGAGAACGUGAGCAAUGGUCUUAAGAAGGAGAAGGACCACCCUCGCUUCCCCGUUCCCGACGACAUGACUAUCAAGCAGGCCCAGGCCAAGUGUGGUGACCAGGCUCAGCUCUCUUGCUGCAACAAGGCCGUCUACGCCGGUGACACCACCAACAUCAACGCCAGCAUCCUUUCUGGCACCCUCUCCAACCUCAUCGGUUCCGGCUCUGGUGCCAGCGGUGUUGGUAUCUUCGACCAGUGCUCCAAGCUGGACCUCCAGGUCCCCAUCAUCAAUGCUGUCCCCAUCAGUCUCCAGGAUAUCCUCAACCAGAAGUGCAAGCAGAACAUCGCCUGCUGCGCCAACUCACCCUCCACCGCCAGCAACGACCUCAUCGGUGCCGGUCUUCCUUGUAUUGCCCUUGGCUCCAUCCUCUAA